AAUGAAACAAAAACAGGCAUUCAAAAAGGUCCCAUAACUCACAAGAUGGAUUAGUUGUCGCACAUCUAACCAAUGCUAAAAUCAUAACAGCAAACCGCACAUGGUCUAAUGAAUCGAUUUGAUCAGUAUUUUUGGGGAAAAGCAUUCAUCUGCAUCAGUCUGCUACCGACAGACGAUAAGCAUAGUUUAACAGUGGAAAAAUUCAAAUCGUAUCAAAAACCAAAUCCCGUGCCGGUCAGAAUCGAGUUUCACGAUCAAAAUGUCCUCAUUAGGAUCAUCUGUGUGCGGAUACGUGUUGCUGUUACUAGUGCAAAUUGUGCUUAUAAUUGUUUUCGGAUUUUUCACUAACUACUCCAAGGAACUUUUACCGCAAAAUUCAAUCAAUGGCACCACCGUGGAGGAAAUGGAGGAUGAAAAGCCUUUGGCAAAAUAUCCACACUUCCAAGACAUCCAUGUGAUGAUAUUUAUCGGUUUCGGAUUCCUGAUGACGUUCCUUAAGCGUUACGGAUUCAGUGCCACGGGACUUAACCUGCUGGUCGCAGCUCUUGCUAUCCAAUGGGCCAUCGUCAUGCGCGGCUGUUACGUCAUGGAAGGAGGCAAGAUUCCAUUGUCGCUGGAUAACCUAAUCGGUGCGGAUAUUGCUGCCGCUGCUGUGCUGAUCAGUAUGGGUGCUCUGCUGGGAAGAACAACACCAAUGCAGCUGUUGGUUAUGACCAUUUUCGAAAUUGCGAUCUUCGCAGCGAACGAAUUCCUGCAGGUCGAUCUGAUGAGAAUCGCUGAUGUCGGAGGAUCAAUUACAGUGCAUGCCUUUGGGGCUUACUUUGGUCUGGCUGUGAGCUUCGUUUUGCGACCCAACAAGGAAAAUUGCAAAACUGGACCCAUGGAAUGUUCGUCGUACAGUUCGGACAUCACGGCCAUGAUUGGAACGGUUUUCCUGUGGAUCUUUUGGCCGAGCUUCAAUUCGGCGCUGGUCGAUGGGGCCGAACAGGAACGUGCUAUCAUUAACACGUACCUCUCAUUGGCGGGUGCAACCGUUACAACUUACAUUAUGUCGGUUAUGGUAUCCCACGAGAAGAAGUUCGAUAUGGUUCACGUGCAAAACUCAACCCUAGCUGGAGGCGUUGCCGUUGGAUCAAUUUGUAAUUUGUUGAUCCAUCCAUUUGGGGCCAUUCUGGUAGGAGUUAUCGCUGGAGUGAUCUCCGUUCUUGGAUAUCGAUUCCUAACGCCUGCAAUGUUGUCAAAACUACGCAUUUCGGAUACAUGCGGCGUCAACAACCUGCACGGUAUGCCAGCUCUAUUGUCGGCCGUAUUCUCUGGCAUCUAUGCAUCCGUGGCAACUUCGGAAGCCUACGGGAACUCACUGACCAGCAUAUUCCCUGCGAUGAAACCGAACACCACAUUGACCGAAGAGGAUAUGCAUGAGAUGGUUAUUGGAGGUUACGGUCGAAGUGCUGCUAUGCAAGGUGCUUACCAACUGUUGGCCAUCUUGCUCACGGUCGUUAUCGCCAUCAUGGGAGGACUUUGCACAGGUCUAGUCCUGAAAUCACCGACUAUGCGUCAACUGGAGCAAGAUGAACAUCACAAGGAUGACGUCUGCUGGGAAACUCCCGUUGAGUUGGAGACUACGGUUACAACCAGUUUAUGUCAGUAACAAUAUCCAUAUCUCAUGGAGUUUUCUGUGAGAAAACCUUUUUUUUGCUAAAGAACUACAACAUAAAUUCAUGCUUAGCAAAUGGUAUAUAUUGAUUUUUUAGUUUUUAAUUUGAAUAAAGAGAACUUUACCAGUCA